AUGGAGGGCGCUGUUACGCUGCGAAACAGCCGAACGAACGCCUGCCACCCUGUUCCCCAGCAGAAAGUCCAGCGGUCCCUCGGAGGACCACUCUGGCCAAUGACCAGCCUCCAUUCCUGCACUGGGGCCGCUCAGUGGCCUGUCACCUGCACUCAACGGGGCCGUGGAAAGCGCAAAGCUCGGUACGAUGUAGGCGGUACCUGGCACAAACUGGAGGCGGAACCUGGACGACUUGGCCUGUCAGGACCUUGCAGCGAUUUCUCAACCUCUCUCGCAAUCAUUUUUCCCGCAAAAGCUUUAGUUCGCACUGCUCCCCCCAGUCCAACUUUCGACCUCGACUCCAUCAUCCUCUCCUCUCCUCUCUUCCUCCUUUCCCCCUCGUAG